CAGAGCUGCAGGCCAGGCGCUGAGGCGCGCGGAGCGAGGUGGCCGCAGCGUCCCUGCGUGCGGCCCGGGCCGGCAGGAUCGCGGAGCCGCCGCCGCCACCUCCUUGGCCAUGCGGCUCCGGAGCCAGGGCCCUGAGUUGGGGCCCGCACCGCCCCCCACAUACCGCCCGCGCUGAGCCCGCGCCCCACCGGGCGCCGCCGGCACCAUGGUGCAGAAGUCACGCAACGGCGGCGUGUACCCCGGCCCGAGCGGGGAGAAGAAGCUCAAGGUGGGCUUCGUGGGGCUGGACCCCGGCGCGCCCGACUCCACUCGGGAUGGCGCGCUGCUCAUCGCGGGCUCUGAGGCCCCCAAGCGCGGCAGCAUCCUGAGCAAGCCGCGCGCUGGCGGCGCGGGCGCCGGAAAGCCACCCAAGCGCAAUGCCUUCUACCGCAAGCUGCAGAAUUUCCUGUACAACGUGCUGGAGCGGCCUCGCGGCUGGGCGUUCAUCUACCACGCCUACGUGUUCCUGCUGGUCUUCUCCUGCCUCGUGCUGUCCGUGUUCUCCACCAUCAAGGAGUACGAGAAGAGUUCGGAGGGCGCGCUCUACAUCCUGGAAAUUGUGACCAUCGUGGUGUUUGGUGUCGAGUACUUUGUGCGGAUCUGGGCUGCCGGCUGCUGCUGCCGGUAUCGUGGCUGGCGGGGGCGACUCAAGUUCGCCAGGAAGCCAUUCUGUGUGAUCGACAUCAUGGUGCUCAUUGCCUCCAUUGCGGUGCUGGCCGCCGGCUCCCAGGGCAACGUCUUUGCCACAUCUGCGCUUCGGAGCCUGCGGUUCCUGCAGAUCCUGCGGAUGAUUCGCAUGGACCGGAGAGGGGGCACCUGGAAGCUGCUGGGCUCCGUGGUCUAUGCCCACAGCAAGGAGCUGGUCACUGCCUGGUACAUAGGUUUCCUCUGCCUCAUCUUGGCCUCCUUCCUGGUGUACUUGGCGGAGAAAGGCGAGAACGACCACUUCGACACCUAUGCAGAUGCACUGUGGUGGGGCCUGAUCACCCUGACAACCAUUGGCUAUGGAGACAAGUACCCGCAGACCUGGAAUGGGAGGCUCCUGGCAGCGACCUUCACCCUCAUUGGUGUUUCCUUCUUUGCUCUCCCGGCAGGCAUCCUGGGGUCUGGUUUUGCCCUGAAGGUUCAGGAGCAGCAUCGGCAGAAACACUUUGAGAAGAGACGAAACCCAGCAGCAGGCUUGAUCCAGGCCGCCUGGAGAUUCUACGCCACCAACCUGUCACGCACGGAUCUGCACUCCACGUGGCAGUACUAUGAGCGCACCGUUACUGUGCCCAUGUACAGCUCACAAACUCAAACCUACGGGGCCUCCAGACUGAUCCCCCCUCUCAACCAGCUGGAGCUGCUGAGGAACCUCAAGAGCAAGUCUGGACUCACCUUCAGGAAGGAGCCCCAGCCGGAGCCAUCCCCAAGUAAAGGCAGACCGUGCAGAGGGUCCCCGUGUGGAUGCUGCCCUGGACGCUCUAGUCAGAAGGUCAGUUUGAAAGAUCGUGUCUUCUCCAGCCCCCGAGGCGUGGCUGCCAAGGGGAAGGGGUCCCCCCAGGCCCAGACUGUCCGGCGGUCACCCAGCGCAGACCAGAGCUUGGAGGACAGCCCAAGCAAGGUGCCCAAGAGCUGGAGCUUUGGGGACCGCAGCCGGGCGCGCCAGGCCUUCCGGAUCAAGGGUGCCGCAUCUCGGCAGAACUCAGAAGAAGCAAGUCUACCGGGGGAGGACGUUGUGGAUGACAAGACCUGUAACUGCGAGUUUGUGACCGAGGACCUGACCCCAGGCCUCAAAGUCAGCAUCAGAGCUGUGUGUGUCAUGCGGUUCCUGGUGUCCAAGCGGAAGUUCAAGGAGAGUCUGCGACCAUACGAUGUGAUGGACGUCAUCGAGCAGUACUCUGCCGGCCACCUGGACAUGCUGUCCCGUAUCAAGAGCCUGCAGUCCAGGAUAGAUAUGAUUGUGGGCCCCCCACCCCCUUCAACUCCCCGGCACAAGAAGUACCCCACCAAAGGACCCACGGCCCCUCCGAGAGAGUCACCCCAGUACUCACCUAGAGUGGAUCAGAUCGUGGGGCGGGGCCCGGCGAUCACUGACAAGGACCGCACCAAGGGUCCAGCCGAGGGGGAGCUGCCAGAGGACCCCAGCAUGAUGGGGCGACUGGGGAAGGUGGAAAGACAGGUGCUGUCCAUGGAGAAGAAGCUGGACUUCCUGGUCAACAUCUACAUGCAGCGCAUGGGCAUCCCCCCCACAGAGACCGAGGCCUACUUUGGGGCCAAGGACCCGGAGCCAGCGCCACCAUACCAUAGCCCGGAGGACAGCCGUGAACCAGUGGACAAACAUGGCUGCAUCAUUAAGAUCGUGCGCUCCACCAGCUCCACAGGUCAGAAGAACUUCUCAGCGCUACCAGCUGCACCCUCAGCCCAGUGCCCGCCCUCCACUUCGUGGCAGCAGCAGAGCCACCCACGCCAGGGCCACGGCACCUCCCCAGUGGGGGACCACAGCUCCUUGGUGCGCAUCCCGCCACCGCCUUCCCACGAGAGGUCGCUGUCCGCCUAUGGCGGGGGCAGCAGGGCCAGCAUGGAGUUCCUGAGGCAGGAGGACGCUCCCGCCUGCCGGGCCCAUGAGGGCGCCCUGCGGGACAGCGACACGUCCAUCUCCAUCCCAUCGGUGGACCAUGAGGAGCUGGAACGCUCCUUCAGCGGCUUCAGCAUCUCCCAGUCCAAGGAGAACCUGGAUGCCCUCAGCAGCUGCUACGCGGCUGUGGCACCUUGCGCCAAAGUCAGACCCUACAUUGCGGAGGGCGAGUCCGACACAGACUCGGACCUUUGCACCCCCUGUGGGCCCCCGCCGCGCUCGGCCACAGGUGAGGGCCCCUUUGGGGACAUGGGCUGGCCCGGGCCCAGGAAGUGAGGCCAUGGGGCUGCUGGACGUCCACCACCCUCUCCGACUUGUGCCUCUGAGGCUUUGAGGCGGGGACCCUAUGGGCCCUUUUCUUAGAGUAACUGGAGUGAGUGGAGGGCUGAAGUACAGGGCACCUUGUGGCCACAUUUUACAAAUUUUUUCCAACAGAGUGGAUGGCUGGUUUGGGCCUCUGGUGGCCCAAGAGCACAUGCUGGGGCAGCAAGGCCACCUUGCCUGCUUUGCUCAGGGCUGGAGAGCAGACCAGUGUGGGGGCUAGAGCGAUGACAAGGAUGUAGCUGUUGUAGGGGCAGGCCCUGUGCCAGUAGGUGGAGGCGUGAGGCCAGAGCAGAGCUGGGGAGGAUGCCUGGCCUUGGGGCCUGUUCUGAGACCUGCCGGGCGGCUUCGGGAGAGCGUGGCCAGCCAUGGACCAGGCCUGCCCUGGCUCCUGGGUCCCUGCCUCUGUGGGCAUAGCUGGAGCGAUGUCCCCUCACCUCUUGGGCCCCUGGCCAGAGAGCUGCUGGUCAGCAUCUUUUCCUUGUCCCUCUGAGUUCUGAGGGGUUCUUCACUGGCAGUGGCCUGGGGUCAGGACCCUGCCAGCAGCUGAAAAGAGGGUGGGGCCUCAGAACCAAAACCAGAGGCCAGAGUGAGCCUUGGACACUCUGACCUUAGCCUCACCAGUGAGGGCCCAGCCCAAGGUGGGCCAGGGCUCUGUCUCUGCUUGAUUCUUCUGAAGGGGACGUGGGGGCUCCAGCGGCCUCAGCCCUGGCUGUCCUGGUGUGCCAGAGUCUGCAGUGCCCUCCUGUCCAGACUGUCCCGGCUGGAUGCUGGAUACUAGGCUGCAGCCAGCACCUCAAGACCCAAGGGAGCAGCUCCUCAUGGUUCUUAACUGGAGUUCCCACCUCAUUUGUCCCCCACUUUCGACUGACCCAGAAGGCUGGCUGGACAAGCCUUCACACCGCCAGCCCCCCAGCUCCCACCGCUAUUGGUAGGGGUCCACUCUCCUGGCCUUUCUGGAGGAUGUCACUCCCACCUCAGCCUGGCUGCGGUCCUCCUUCUCUUGUUCCCCAUGGAGCUGGCUGCCCCCUGCCCCUAUCCUCCACUGACCAGUCCCUUGUCUGUGGCUUCUCAGAGUCUUGGGGGACCUGCCAUCUCUGCCCUGGGCCCUGGUGAGCAGGCCCAACCCCUGUGAGGCAGAGCAGCACCCUGUUUUAUUCCUUCAGAGUCAUUGCCAUUGACAGGUAGGCCAGGCACAACCCUCCCAUCACCAAGUGUGGGAGCCCUCAGGCAGUUCUGACUAGGGGGACCUUGUGGUUAAAAGAACUUCAAAAGCAGCAUUUGAGGGGCAUAUGCCCUGGUUUGGGGGGUCCUGUGGACCCAGCGAUCUUGGGGAGCAGUACCUGCCACCCAUGAUGAGUGAGUUGCUGCUGCUAUAGUAUCCCUGGCCGCCCUCACCCCAGCUAGAGCACUCGGUCUCCCUCUCUCACUCCUCCCUGUGCCCAGAGCUGCUGGUCUCCAGGGUAGCAUGUGGGUGGCCUCAGGCCCUGGAGCCGUGAGAAGUCCCUUCCAGUGUGGACACUGUAGAGUCCCUGCCAUGGGACUGUGAGGCUCCAGCUGGGGCCCACAGGCAGGAGCGGAGGAGUCCAAACCAACAGCAGCAGCCCCAGCCCCCCUGCAGCCCCAGCUCCAAGCCACUCAUGGUGGUUGUGUGCUGGAUGUGCUCUGCAGCCUUCCCCAAGCCCUGGGAACUCCUGGGAAUGUGGGGGUUCUGAGGGGCAAAGUGGCCCCAUCCCUUCCCCUCCCAGAAGCCCUGGCAGUCCAGUGGUCCAGGCCAGGCCAGGCCAGGCCAGGAGAGUCCUGCUGGGGCCACAGCAGGAGAGGGAAGAGCAUGUGGAAUGUCCACCAUCAGCCUCUGGUCCCUGGGUAGAUGGGGCCCCAGUUCUGGAGAGAUCCAGGUCUGAACAGAGCAGCCGUCCACUGCCCCUGGCCCCUCACCCUCAGAGAAGUGCCACUGGAAGGAGCUGGGUGCUUAUGCAGAAGAUUCUACACUUUCUUGGGCGUGUGUGUGAGUGUGGCCAAGGGCCAGUGCCACCUCACCCUGGUAGAGGUUUCCCAAGACGUUUGUUACAGCACGCAUCCCCACAUGCCCACUGGCACAUGUGUGUGCUCACCUGCAUACAUGUGUACACACGCAUGCUCACUACACACCCAUGUAAGCACACAAUGCACACACUCACAUAGACACUCUCUGACAUGCGUGCACAUUCACAUUCCACUGUGACACAUGUGCACACUUAUACAGGCACACACUGACACACAUGUACAUUCACAUAAGUGUCCUCUGACACACAUGCACGCACACAUAUAGGCACCCUCUGACACGUGCAUGCACACAGGUAUAUUGAUAUGUGCACAAACAUGCAGGCACACUAACACAUGUGUACAUACACAUAGGCAUCCUCUGACACGUGUGCACACACAUAGGCACUCUCUGACACACAUGUGCACGCACACAGGUACAUUGAUAUGUGCACAAACAUGCAGGCACACUAACACAUGUGUACAUACACAUAGACAUCCUCUGACAUGUGUGCACACACAUAGGCACUCUCUGACACACAUGUGCACGCACACAGGUACAUUGAUAUGUGCACACUCAUGUAGGCACACUGAUAUGUGCACACUCAUGCAGGCACACUAACACGUGUACAUACACAUAGGCACCCUCUGACACACGUGUGCAUACACAUAGGCACCCUCUGACACGUGCACACACAGGCACUCUGACACAUGUGUACACUCAGGCACAUUCACCUGUGCACACAUAGGCACACUGAUGCGUUACACUCACAUAGGCACACUGAUGUGCACACACAGCUACACUGCACCGACACAUGCUCACAGAGAUGUAUUCUGGCACAAGUGCACACUCUGACACACAUGGGUACACACAUGCACACUCCACUCUGACAAAUGUGCGUGCACACACAGGCACACUCUGACACUCUCUGACACACCUGUGCACCCACCAUAUGUCCAACCUGGGCUGUCCUUCUGUCUCUGGCCUCUUUCUUCAGCUCUGCUGGACUUGAGCUGCCUGAGGAGUAUCUGUAAGGAAGUAACCAUGACUCCAGGAGUCGCAGAGGGUUCUGGAACCUUGAACCCUGAGGCAGGGGUUGAGCUGCCCAGAGCUCCUGGGCAGCAGGCUAGGCAGCCAUCCAGAGGGUGGCGUCUGCUGAGUCCUCAAGUGGCCAGGCUGGAGCCAGGGCUUCCUGGAGUCUGGCUGGCCCUGGUGGUCCUGGUGACCUCCUGGAUGCUACCCACCUCAGCUGUCAGCAUUUCCCCCUUUUGUCCAGGUAAAAUCAAGGUCCCGAGAGUCUUCCCCACUGCCUACCAUGCUGGGCCACCAAAGCGGGCCUGGCCCUCUCCUCUCACAGCAGAGGUCCUAGAGGGGCAGGUGCCAGGCUCCUCCCCACUGGAGGCUACAGGCCCCUGAGGGGUAUCUCUACCUUUGGGGCAUGCCUCAGACCCCCGCCUGGAGGCCAGCGGUGUUGGGGCUUCUUUCUGGUGGCUCUCAAGGCUAUCAGCUGGGUCCAUCAGCCUAAGCCCACACCCAAGGAAAGUCACCAGCAGGGGGUGCCGUGA